UUUUCUUGUCAAGGAGGCUGGCCAGAGAACAGCUUUAAAUGUUUCAUUUCAGGGGCUUUUCUUCUGUGGACAGAGAGAGGUCUAACUCAUUAUUUCCAGACUGUAUGAGUUCCAUCUUCUCCGACUCACUCUCUUGCUAAGAAAAAAAUAUAUAGUAGAAUUCUUUGAAAAUGGCUGUUUUUCACACUUUUCUUCAGAUGCACAAGCCGGCAGUCACUGACAUAAAGACAUGAAGUUCCUUGUUUUUGUGUUUAUAAGAACAGGAAAUAAAGGAAAGAGACCUUGUAGAUUUCCAAAGCAUCCCAUUGACCUCCUACCUCCUUCUCUGGAGGAUGGCAUAUAGUGAUGGACAUGAGAAGUUUUGAAAGCCUCUCCAUCGAGAUAUGACUCUCUCUUCUACUACUGCACAGUGAAGAGGAUGCCAGAGAAAGAACUUUGAGUCUCCACACACUCCACACUGGCAAUGAGAAGUCACUGAAGCCAUGACAGGAGUGAAGAAGAAUCAUGCUCUGUUUGGGCUGGGUGCUUCUUUUCUUUGUUGCAGGAGAGCAGACUGCAGGAUUUGAUCCUUCAGCUUGUGCAACCAAAAGACUUGUGUGGACGUAUUCUGUGCAGGGUGCAAAGAAUUUUGUCCUGUUUUGUGAUUUACCAGAGUUUCGGAAGUCACAAUUCUCCGAUAUAAGUCAACAGUCACCAACACAAGGCCCUGCCCACAUACCUUGCAGUGGCAAUCAGGACCCAUCCGAUGUCCAGUGGUACAUGCAGCCUCAGAGUGGAGGUCCAUUACAGGAGAUCCGUAGGAACUCUUCUCAUGUGCAGAACAAAGGCAUGCUGCAUAUGUUGGCCUCACAGAUGAACAAUGUUCAGUCAUAUAUCUGUAGACCUAGGAUUAGGAAUCCUGGCUUAUGGGAUAUGGCUUGCUGUGUCAAGACUAUCUUAGAACUUAAGCCUCAGAGAAACACAUCCUGUGGGAAACCAGUAGAGGAUGAGCAAAACCUAUUUCUUGGUAGCACCGGCUCCAUUUAUUGUCCCAGUCUCAGCUGCCAAAGUGGUGUACAGAGUCCAGAGAUGACCUGGUACCAGGAUGGAAGACUCCUGCCUGAAUAUAAGAACAAUAUCAUUAAUUUGGGUGCCGUCUAUGAUUAUCACCAGGGCUUGUAUGUAUGUGAUUACACUCAGUCGGACAAUGUGAGUUCUUGGACAGUCCGAGCUGUGGUUCAAGUGAGAACCAUUGUUGAGGACACCAACCUGAAACCAGACAUUCUGGAUCCCAUCACGGACACUCUGGAAGCAGAGCUUGGAAAGUCUUUGGCGCUAUCCUGCAAAGUACAAUUUGGCUUCCAAAAACACUUUCCGCCAGUAAUAAAAUGGUUUGUCAAAGAAUCUACUCAGGAGCAGGAAAUCAAAGAAUGUAAGAAGAAUUGCAUUCAAUCCAAUUACAAGAACAAAGUCAUGGAGUGCACUGCCUUCCUGACAGAAGUCACUCAAAGAGAUCUUAGCAAAAAGUUUGUUUGCUUUGCCCAGAACUCCGUCGGGAACACAACACGGACCAUCCAGCUGAGGAAGAAGGAGGGGGUGGUGUUUGUAUACAUCCUCCUUGGCACAGCCAUGAUGCUGGUGGGCAUUUUGGUCGCAGCCGCCUUUCUCUACUGGUACUGGAUUGAAAUCGUCCUGCUGUGCCGAGCCUACAAGAGCAAGGAUGAGACGCUGAGGGACAAGAAGGAGUUUGACGCCUUUAUAUCCUAUGCAAAUCGGAGCUCUCCUGAGAGUGAAGCCACCGGAUCACUGAGCGAGGAACACUUGGCCCUGAAUCUUUUCCCCGAAGUGCUAGAAAACAAAUAUGGAUACACCCUGUGUUUGCUUGAGAGGGAUGUGACACCAGGAGGAGCAUAUGCAGAUGACAUUGUGAAUAUCAUUAAGAAAAGCCGAAGAGGAAUAUUCAUCCUGAGUCCCAGCUAUGUCAAUGGACCCUGUGUCUUUGAACUACAAGCAGCAGUGAAGCUUGCCUUGGGUGAUCAGACCCUGAAACUAAUUUUAAUUAAGUUUUCUUCCUUCCGAGUGCCAGAAUCGCUACCUUAUCUAGUCAAAAAGGCUCUCCGAGUUCUUCCCACAGUCACGUGGAGAGGCUUGAAGUCAGUCCAACCCAGUUCCAGGUUCUGGACCCAGAUAUGUUAUCACAUGCCAGUGAAGAACUCCAACAGGUUUAUGUGCAAUCGGCUCAGAAUCAUCCGGAGGGCUUUUCCCCCUGAAAAGGACCUAGCAAGAGAGAAACCAUCAGGAGGAGUAUCCAGCUCAGAGAGCAAGCACGGAGCCCAGAACCUCCUCCUCUCCAGCCACCAGAAGAGGUGCUGAUGGGUAGAACCUACUGCGUGGGUCAGGCUGGUAGAAAGUUGAGUCUGACUUCCUUCCUCGUCACGCAAGCUUGACAGGCAGCAGAAUGAAGCAGUGGCUGUGGUUCAGGGUCUGAGUUCCUGGAAUGGACACAGAGUGUUCUACUCCAGACCUCUGCAUGCACUCAGCACGUGAUGCCCUGAGAGUCUCCAAGUAGCUUGAGCAGAAUCAGCUGGGACAGCUGCUCCUGUGUGGCUGUGGGCUGUCCACUGCAUGCCUGUUUUGCACUGUGUGUGUGUGUGCAUGUGUGUAUGUGUACAAUCAGAUAAAUGUGAUUUCAUUUUAUUAGAGAUGAGUGAUGGAAACUAUCUAAAGCUUUUCUGUAAGGAGAUCUUCGCUGCAUAUUUAUUCAUCCACUCUAAAACACAGAGGGGAAACAUAAAAGGUGAGACUAACAGCACAAGAUAAAUAGGAUCUCCUGGGUCCUUGUGGGAAACGAGACUUUGGCGGCAUGGCAUGUUUCCAGACCUGCGGUUGGAUAAUGUGCAUGAAAUCCAUUGUUGGCAGAAAAUAUCAUGAGUCACAAAUGCAUUUCAUGCACUCCUCCUGUGUCACAGCUUAGCAACAGGGUACCCUGUGGAAUGGUGACCAUUUCCCUUGUGAUUGAGUCACAGGUGUGCUUCCUGCCCUGCUCAGUACUGUUGCAAGUCACAAGCUCCAGAAAAAAAAAAAAAAUACAAGGUCGACAUCCACGGUGUCAAAAAAUUUGCAUCUAGUUCUCCUAAGUUGUGCAUAGCAUAGAGGUCACAGCCCUCCCACUGGGAGGGUGGAGUCUGAGCAAGAUUUAGAUUUAGGAACAGGAUGGAGCUGAUUUAAAUUUCUCCCUGUUUCCUUGGCCAGAGACCUUUUUAUGCAGAAAUCAAAAUAGAUCAUCUUACCCUGAGUCAGUAGGACUGCAAGCAGGGACUAAUUAGACACAGAUCAUUUAUCCAACAAAGAGACAAGGAAUGGACUAGCAGUUGCCUACAAACUGGAAAGGCAGCAAUAGUGAAGCUGAGAAUCUGGGGGAUAAAUGCGUGCAUCCUUUGAUAAGCAACAAGAAUUGAAUGGGUACCAUACCGUUGUAUGAGCCAUUUGCCUGCUUAGGGUGGGUGAUCCCUCUGCAUGCACACUGACUGACUGAGCCAUCUUAGUUUCAGUCUUCCUUGAUAACAAGAUGAUGCGCUUAAGGGCCAGCCCGAUGUUUUGGUUAGCAAGGCAAAUAUGAUUCUCAUAAGUUGGUCUGCAGCUAAAAUAGGGUUCCAGUUUGGUGCAGAUGUUUAUGACCUUUGAACUCCACCUUCCCUGUCAGAACAGGGUGGCUGGUCAUGGGGGCAGUAAAGGACAGCAUCUCAUGAACUGAUUCACAUGUCAUGAGUCUCAUCCACUGGGGACCGAAUGAGAUCCACAUGCAGAGUGGGUCAGCUACUGCCAUCUGGCCGCUUGGUGCCUAUGUGAAAUGGCUCUUCUGGUCCUUCUGCACAGGAGCACCACAUCAUAAGAACCACUGUGGCUUUGGCGCUAAGCAGCAUCCUUGCUGGAAAUCUCAGAGUUAGAGAGGAGCCAAAGGGUAUAAAUUAUGCCGGGAGGAAGCUUCUUGUGGGAAGGAUCCCAGUGGGGAGGAACCCACACUUGUUGAACCACUGUGCCCUGGCUAUGGCCGCAUUUCCUGGGUUUCCUGCCAACCUCUUUCUGAGAUCACAGACUCAGAAACCUCUUCUGGCCAGUGCAGCCAGGUUUAUCUUGUUCCAAGAUAACUGUGCUCCCAAGAAUUCCAGAGCCUUCUCUGCCUUUGGCUUCACUGUGUCUCAUGACUUGUACAUACACGAAAGCAGAAAUACCCAGUCCUUGUUUAUAGAAUGUUCUCUUUCCCAUAGCUAGGUCCAGUGAAGAUGGAAGAUUUGCAGUUACGACAAAAAGUUAUUUACCUCAUGCAUAUUAGACAAAAUAAAGAGAAUAAUCAAAACAGAUUUCCUAUGUAGAAGAGACCGCAGACGAGCAUUGAGACUCAGUAGAGUGACUCACCAUGUAGACAAGGUGGCCAUGUAUCCUGCCCCUUGUUUUGUACAUAUUGAGCAAAGACAAUGGUCACAAUGCUUUCUUUCACUAUAAAAAAGCAUCCCCAUUUAAAUACGGGUGCUGUCCCUCCAGGACACACUGCCAAUCUGUCCUUAUCCACCCUGUGUGGUCUUCCAGACAGUUCUCACAGACAGUUCUCAAUAACCUAUCAUUCCCAGGUUGACAUGUUGACUAAGAUGAAAUAAACACAUACAUUCCUGACUGCUUGUUUUAUGUCAGCUUGUUAUAAGCUAAAUCAUUUUGGAAGAGGGGACCUCGACGGAGAGCGUGCCUCCAUCAGAUUGGCCUGUGCAAAAGCCUGUGGGGCGUUUCCUUGAUUGAUGAUGGGUAGGGGAGGGCCCAGCUCACCCCUGGGCUGGUGGUCCUGGAUGCUGUGAGGAAGCAGUACCUCCUCACUGCUGUGCUUCAGUUCCUGCCUUUGGGUUCCUGGCUAGCACUUCCUGGACAAUGGACCUGAGAAUUGUAAGCUGGAAUAAACCAUUUCUUCCCCAA